CACCAUUCACAUCGGGAGCCAGCUGCCGGCAGGGACGACUACUGGGGCGGGUUCUGUCCGACUGGCCUGUUUAAGAGGCCGGGUGCCUUCUGCAGCCCUGGCACUACGCCGGUUGGGUGCAGGUGAAACGCAGAGAUCUGAUUUUACUGAGCAGAUCGCUGCCUGAUAGUUCGGUGCGUUGAAAGCGGGAAAGAUGCGGAGGAGGGAGCAACUCGGUGAUGCGGUGACACAUGGCUGCCUGGACGCUCUGACUGCGGUCCCCACGCUUCUUCACUCCAGCGGAACAAGCAAAGGCUGGGCAUCGGGGCACUGAAUGAGGCUGACAGAUCAGGACAGACUGUGACUGGAGCUGUGAGGAGUGAAAACUGCAUCGCCUCGCGUUGCAGAGGAUUAUUGUCACCGCCGAGCCGCCGUAGCGAUGGGAGAAAAUAUGUCCAAGCGGCUGAAGUUGGUAUCAACUACGGAAGCAGAGAUGGAAGAGCGUUCUUUCCCUAACCAGUAUCCUGACUGGGAGCAGGUCUCAAACGCUGGAGCUGAGCUGGACUCUGACGAGCCGCUGGACGCUGACGGAAAGGUUAAUGCAGCAUUUCUAAGGAAGGUCCAGAGUAAAAUCAAAGAUCUCCUCCAGCAGAUGGAAGAAGGCCUGAAGACCGCCGACCCCCAUGACUUCAGCACUUACACUGGCUGGACAGGCAUUGCCUUAUUGUACCUUCAGCUGCAUCGUGUCUCCGGUGAGGCUUCCCACCUGCAGAGGGCAUUGGACUAUGUGAAGAGGGCCAUGAGAAUUUUGAAUGGCCGCAAAGUGACUUUUCUGUGUGGCGAUGCAGGACCUCUGGCUGUUGGUGCUGUGGUCCACCACAAACUAAACAACAGUACAGAGAGUAAAGACUGUGUGUCGAGGCUCCUCCAGCUGCAACGCUCAGUCGUCAGUCCAGACAAUGAGAUGCCUGAUGAACUGCUGUUUGGUCGGACUGGAUAUUUGUUUGCGCUACUGUACGUUAAUAAAGAAAUUGGGGAUGAUGUUGUGGAUGAGGCAACAAUUACCAAGGUGGUGACAGCCAUCGUGGAAUCAGGAAAGAACAUGUCAGCUGAGGAGAACAAGACGGAUCGCUGCCCUCUCCUCUAUGAAUGGCAUAAAAAGCAGUAUGUUGGCGCUGCCCAUGGUCUUACUGGCAUCUUUUACAUUCUGAUGCAGCCCGGAGCCAGGCUCCACCCAACCAUGCUGGCGGAGCUGGUCCGCCCCAGCAUCGACUACAUUCGGCACAAGAGGUUUCGAUCCGGGAACUUCCCAUCGUCGCUAAGCAAUGAGAGUGACCGGUUGGUACACUGGUGUCAUGGAGCUCCGGGUGUCAUCCACAUCCUCAUUAUGGCCUACAAGAUGUUCAAAGAGGAGAAAUACCUGAAGGAGGCAGUAGACUGUGCUGAGGUCAUCUGGCAGCGGGGCUUGCUAAGGAAAGGCUACGGUAUCUGCCAUGGGACUGCUGGCAACGGCUAUGCCUUCUUAACCCUAUAUAAACUCACACAGGAGAAAAAGUACUUGUAUCGAGCGUGCAAGUUUGCUGAGUGGUGCUUGGACUAUGGGACUCAUGGCUGUCGCAUCCCAGACAGACCAUACUCUUUGUUUGAAGGUAUGGCAGGAACCAUCCACUACCUGUCGGAGAUGGCUAACCCUGAAGCCUCCAGCUUCCCUGCCUUUGAGCUUUAACUGUCCAGCUGAUGAGGCUGAGGAUCGGGGGCACAGCAGGAGAUGGGGGAGGGCUUGGGGAGGUGUUAGUAUUUGAACAACUUUGUUGUUGCUUUGGACAGAACAGUCCUGUUGGCAGCUGAAUUUCAGUGAAAUCAAUUUGUUUCUGAAAAAUUCCUGGUUUAACAGCAUGAUGAUUGUUGUUGCUUAGGAGGAGGAGGGGAAUAGGAGGGGGGAUUUCUGUCACAGAUUAUCAUUCUGUGGAUCAGCAACAGGAAAGUUUCUGGAAAUCUGUAUGUUGCUACUCCCUCUCGUCCGGUGGUGUUUUGGACUCCAAUAAAGAACCUUCUCACUCAGAACGAUUCAUUGUCCUCCACCCAUCGCACAGAGAAUGAGGUGUUAUACUGUUCAGGUGUUAAAAUGUCUUUGCAUGUUCAUUAUUGCAGCUCCUGAUGUCUCAUGUUCUGUCCGUAGUGUUUAAAAGGAUCCAUUCAUGUGUGUCAAAAUGUACUGAAGUGUCAUCUUUGAUUUCAUAAUUGUAAACAAUAUAUGUGGAUUGAAGAAUCAA